AUGCCGAAGAAAGCGAUCGACGCGCGCAUACCGGCGCUCAUACGCAAUGGCAUGCAAGAGAAGAAGCGCUCAUUCUUUGUCAUUGUCGGCGACCGCCAGAAAGACGUUAUCGUCAACCUGUACCAUAUCCUCUUGAACCUCGACAUCAAGCUCAACAAAUCGGUGCUAUGGGCAUACAAGAACAAGCUGCUGGGCUUCACAUCACAUCGCAAGAAGCGGGAGAAGAAGAUCAAAAAGGAGAUCAAGAGAGGCAUAAGAGAUGCAGACACAGAUGACCCGUUCGAGCUGUUCGUUAGUACGCAGAAUAUUCGAUAUGUCUACUACAAAGAGACGGAGAAGAUCUUGGGUAACACAUUCGGUAUGUGUAUUCUGCAGGAUUUCGAGGCCAUCACACCGAAUCUGCUAGCGAGGACCAUCGAAACAGUGGAGGGUGGUGGGCUUGUCAUUCUGCUUCUCAAGGGCAUGAAUAGUCUGAAACAGCUAUACACUUUGAGUAUGGACAUCCACUCAAGAUAUCGCACAGAGGCUCAUGGAGAUGUUACGGCAAGAUUCAACGAGCGCUUCAUUCUGAGUCUCGGGAGCUGCGAGAGCUGUCUUGUCGUGGAUGAUGAAAUGAAUGUCCUGCCCAUAUCAGGCGGGAAGAGCGUUGUUGAGAAACAAUUGGAGGAAGACGAGGGCGAAAAAGCGAAGUCGAGAUUGGAGCUAGAAGGGAUCAAAGAGGAUCUUGCGGACACCAAGCCAGUCGGCGACCUCGUGAAGCUGGCAAAGACCGUCGACCAAGCCAAAGCGUUGCUGACUUUCGUGGAGGCGAUCGCAGAGAAGACUUUGGCGAGCACGGUCACUUUGACAGCCGGUCGUGGACGUGGAAAGUCCGCAGCUCUGGGCGUAGCCAUCGCAGCAGCCGUAGCUCACGGCUACAGCAACAUCUUCAUCACCUCUCCUUCACCCGAGAACUUGAAGACUCUCUUUGAGUUCGUCUUCAAAGGCUUCGAUGCACUUGGCUACACCGACCACGCAGACUACACCAUCAUCCAAUCCACAAAUCCCGACUUCAACAAAGCUAUCGUCCGAGUGAACGUACACAGACAGCAUCGACAAACGAUACAAUACAUCCAACCCCAAGACUCGUACACAUUAGGCCAAGCAGAGCUUCUUGUCAUUGACGAGGCAGCAGCGAUACCUCUACCCCUUGUGCGAAAACUCAUGGGCCCGUACCUUGUGUUCAUGGCAUCGACCAUAAACGGAUACGAGGGCACUGGUCGGUCUCUGUCUUUGAAGCUAAUACAGCAGCUACGAGAGCAGUCAAGAGGCGCUGGGAAGCCCAAGACCGAUGAGAAAGUAUCGGAUCGGUCGAACUCGGUUGGUGACUACACUCCAAGAUCGGCACGAUCACUACGAGAAAUCACGUUGUCAGAACCUAUCCGUUAUGCGCAAGGAGACGCCGUCGAGAAGUGGCUGAACCGACUCCUCUGCCUCGAUGCGACUCUUCCGCAACGAUCGAACAUCCAUGGCACACCUCAUCCAUCGCAAUGCCAGCUGUUGGAGGUAAAUCGCGAUACACUGUUUUCCUUCCACCCAAUCAGCGAAAAGUUCUUGCAGCGAAUGAUGGCUCUUUACGUGGCUUCGCAUUACAAGAAUACGCCCAACGAUCUCCAGCUCAUGUCGGACGCUCCCGCGCAUCAACUGUUCGUUCUCGUACCGCCAGUAUCAAACGAUGCCAAGGAGCUGCCAGAGAUUCUCUGUGUUUUGCAAGUGGCACUUGAAGGCCAGAUCAGCCGUGAAAGCGUACUGAGCAGUCUAUCAAGAGGCCAAAGAGCAGGAGGUGAUCUCAUCCCAUGGCUGGUGAGCCAGCAAUUCCAGGACUCUGACUUUGCCGGUCUCAGCGGUGCACGAGUUGUGAGAAUUGCAACGAAUCCAGACUAUGGCAGCAUGGGUUACGGCUCAAGAGCAAUGCAGCUGCUGACUGAGUUCUAUGAGGGCAAGCACAUCAACUUGUCUGAAUCAGAAGAGCUAACCUCGGUGCACGAGGUAGAGAUGGUACGAGUGACCGAUGCAGAACUUGAACAGAGCAGUCUCUUGACCGACAAUGUCAAAGUACGAGAUAUCAGAUCGAUGCCGCCUCUUUUUGCCCGACUAUCAGAGCGCAAGCCCGCCAGCUUGGACUACAUUGGCGUCUCUUACGGUCUCACCCAGCCGCUGCAUAAAUUCUGGCAACGAUCGAAUUUUGUUCCAGUCUAUCUACGCCAAACGGCCAACGAGCUCACUGGUGAACAUACCUGUGUCAUGCUCCGAACACUGGAGUCUGCAUCUAGCGACCCAGGUUGGCUUGGAGCUUACGCUAAAGACUUCCACCGCCGAUUCUUGAACUUGCUCUCCUACCAGUUCCGCAACUUUGGCGCCGUCCAAGCUCUGGCAAUUGAUGAAAGCGCCAACAAGGGUAUUGCCCUCCUUGACGACGCUGACAAGGCCAAAGCACUUGACAAACAGGCAUUGGACGACCUCGUCACUCCAUUCGAUCUGAAACGUCUCGAUUCUUACGCCAACAACAUGCUCGACUACCACGCAAUCCUCGAUCUGAUGCCAACGAUAGCAAUGCAGUACUUUACCGGACGGAUGAAAGAUCAGAACGGCGUUGGACUGAGCGGCAUCCAGAAAGCCUUGAUGUGCGCGAUAGGUCUUCAGCGCAAGGUACUUGAGGAUCUAGAGAAGGAGCUUGGUCUCCAGACAAGUCAGCUGCUCGCCAUCUUCGUCAAGGUCGCACGAAAGAUCAGCUCGCAUUUCCGACAGCUGCAAGAAGGCGCCAUCUCCAAGACGAUGCCUCAGCAGAACGGCGGCGCGGCGCCUGACGAUGAAGAUUGGGAGGAAGAAAUCGACGCGGAGAAAGUGAGGAAGGGCCUUGCCGAUGAAUUAGCUGAAGGAGCAGAGGAGUUCGACGAAGCUGAGCGACAGAGGAAUCAAGCUAUGAUCGAUUCCCUGCCGCUCGAGAACUAUGCCAUCCAAAAUGGCGAAGCUGGAUGGGAGGAUGCCGAGCGACAGGUCCGCGAGGCGGAGAAGAAGGGCAGGAAGAGUACAGGCGCUACGGUCGCCGUCAAGACCGGCAAGGGCGAGGAGAAGAAGAGAAAAGCAGGAGAGGCGUUGGCGGAGGCACAAAAAGAAGCUGAGAGGACGAGCGGGAAGAAGAUGAAGAAGUCGAAGGGUGGGAAGUAA